AUUGGCGGACCCUUUAUACCAAAAACGAAACUUUUUUGAAAACAUGGUAUAUUGGGAAUUUGUCUCAAAAGAAUGGUAUAUUGGGUAUUAACUUGCAAAAACAUGGUACAUCCAUAAAAAAUUCGAAAAAUAACAGCAAGUAGUAGCGAGUCUCGCCGGUGAAGAAAUCACCGAUUCGGUUUCCGUUUACACCCAAACCGGACGAAACAGCUACGCUAGUAGCUGCCACGAGCUCAGUAGUCACGUCCAUUACGCAGUUACUGAGAUGCCUAGCUCUACACCGUUAAGACAGAGAAGCGUAAACAGUGGCGGUAGUUUUGGGGAUUCGGCGGUUACAGCCGUUGAUGGCGGUUGCGAGAAGGAAGGUAGUUCUGUUGGUGCUGUAACAUCAGAGACGGUGGAGCCUUUGGAAUUGAAGCGCCUCUUAACAGAGGAAUCGAUUUUUAAGAAAUCACCUGUAGCAUACUUCUUGGAGAAAGUUGGCAAUGAAAAUUCUUUAUGGAACACAACAACUCUUGGAAAUGAAAAAGGAAGAGAACGCGUUUAUGACACGAUCUUUCGCUUGCCAUGGAGAUGUGAAUUGCUUAUAGAUGUUGGCUUCUUUGUCUGCUUCAAUUCCUUUCUAUCAUUGUUAACUGUGAUGCCAACAAGGAUGGUAAUGAUCGCUUGGAAGCUUCUGAAAACAAGGAAGUUCAAGAGGCUGUCUACAGUUGAGCUGUCAGAUUUUGGAUGUUUUGUUAUUAUGGCUUGUGGAAUUAGUGUCUUGCAGCAAAUAGAUAUCAGCUUAGUAUAUCAUAUAAUCCGUGGACAAGCAACAAUCAAACUGUAUGUGAUCUACAACGUCUUAGAGGUAUUUGAUAAAUUAUGUCAAAUUUUUAAUGGGGAUGUGUUGCAAAUGUUAUUUUAUUCGGCAGAAGAACUUGCAAGGUGUCCUUCUGAAACACGGAGUAUGAGAUUAUGCAUUUGGAGAUUUGUUUCUGACCAAAUUUUAGCUGUUGUUACAACAAUUGUUCAUUCUUUUAUUUUAUUAGCUCAGGCAAUUACUUUAUCAGCCUGCAUUGUUGCUCACUACAAUGCACUGCCAGCUUUGCUGGUGUCAAAUAAUUUUUCUGAGAUCAAAAGCUACGUGUUUAAGGGAUACAAAAAGGAUAAUAUUCACACUAUGGUGUACUUUGAUUCAAUUGAAAGAUUCCACAUCUCAACAUUUAUCUUAUUCGUUUUGGCUCAAAAUAUUCUAGAGGCAGAAGGCCCCUGGUUUCAAAGCUUUCUCAUUAAUAUGCUUUCGGUUUAUCUAUGUGAAGUGGCUAUUGAUGUUAUCAAGCAUUCGUUCAUUGCUAAAUUCAACAACAUCACUCCCAUUGCAUACUCUGAGUUCCUUGAAGCUUUAUGCAAACAGACUCUACAUAUGCAAACUGAGGAUGUACAGAAAAACUUGAAAUUUAUCCCUCUUGCUCCAGCAUGUGUGGUCAUUCGAGUCAUAGCCCCGGUAUACGCUGCUAAUCUUCCUUACAGUCCACUUUCAUGGAAGCUUUUUUGGAUUAUGCUAUUUUCAGCAACAACCUACAUUUUACUCACAAGCCUCAAGAUUCUAAUUGGAUUGCUUCUAAAGAAACAUGCCACUUGGUAUGUUAAUCGCUGUCUAAAGAGGAAGCAUCAUCUUCAUGUAGAUUAAUUCAGGGAACUACUAGUUUGAUGCCCUCUGCUGUUAAAGGAUUCCCUUGCUUGUGCCUGUAAAUCACACAUGGAAACAACUUCGUAAGAUAACUUAUUAACUUGGGGUGAUCAACAGCACUUGGCAAGUAGGAAAAUAACUUAAAGUUCAUCCAGAAGGUUUCUGCAGUGGGUGGAACUGGAAUCUGGAACUUAUUCCUCUGCGGUUUUGUUAGCAGUAAACUGGUUUUCCAAUACGAGGAACAUAAAGUUAUGGGUGUGCAUUAUUGCUGGCAUCCAUUUGGAUUUCCAACAUUCAGAAACUACUGAAACUUCAUAUUUUA